ACUCUCGUUUUGUCCCAUAUUUUUAGUCGAAAAAAAUGACCAAAAAUUUUAUUUAUUAAUAUUUCCCAUUAUUUCCUAAUUGUUUAAUGUUUACUACAAAAAUUGUAUUUUUAUCACUGCCAUAUGUUGUUCAUAUAUAACAGUGGGAAAUUAAAAUGUUAAUAAUGACGUGAAAACUUAAAAACACUAAAACAGUGGGUGUAUUUGUUUUCAUCCUAAUGAUUGUACAGUAGUAAGAGAGGAUGAUGCAGACAACCUCAGAGGGAUGCUUAAAUAUUGCCGAACUGGCAAAUCAACUACGAAGAGAGAAGAUAUUCAUCAAUUCUGAACGGCAGCUGUUGCAAAGUCUUAAUGAGGAAGUGGAAAAGAAAGCUCUGGAAUUACUGCAAACUUCGUGGAUAUGUUCUCAGCAGCGCCAGAACUUAACAAACCUCAUAACUUCGAGGUGUGAAAGUGACUCCAUAGCUGCAUGCCAGAGAGCCAGCUUUCUGGAAAGAACCACUUUCAUUGAUGUCUAUAAAGUUUUGAAAUACAAGGAGGCGAAUGCUUUGGGCGAGCUACUAGGAUGGUUGCGCGACUCCCCGCACCUGGUGGCGUUAUGCCUGCUCCUCGGCGAGGACCACAUCCCUCCAAAUAUGCCGGCGUCGUUGGUGGCGGGCCUGUACGGCAGCUGUCGGUCAACGGCCGACAGGAACCGGCUGCUGGCUGUCAUACGCUCCCUGAUCAAACAUCAGAUGGCGCCAUGCCCCGAUCCUCGCAAGUUAUUCCGUACGGGUAAGUGCGCACUGGCGAUGCUGUACGCGGUGUUCCGCGACGGGCACACGCCGGCGCGGCAGUUCCUCAUGGCGGCGCUACACGAGCCCGUCAUGGCCGCGCUCCAGGAAGACGAGUUCUUCCUUGACAUCGACCCGGAUAAGGCCAUGGAGAGAUUCUCAGCAACGGACAGACUAAAGAAGUUUGGGCAGCCAAACAGCGCAGAGUACUCGGCGAAAUUGGCGCGCUACCGCAAGUGGACGGUGCAAUCGUUGUACAACCUUGCCAGCAAGUUCAUACACACGAUGCGCGAACACUGGUCCAUCUUUCCGGCCAGCAUCGCGUGGAUAGUGCAGCAGAUUGUGCAUUUGCUUAAUCAGCAUUCUACCGUAAACGAGCACGAGCUUCACGCGAUCUGCACGGACCUAGUGCUGACUCACUACAUCUGCCCGGCGAUCGUGAACCCGGACACGCACGGCCUGGUCGACGUGCCCGUGUCGUACGUGGCGCGCUUCAACCUCAUGCAGGUCGCGCAGAUCCUGCAGAUGCUCUGCCUCUCCAGGUAUCAGGAGGUGGAGCCAAAAGUACGUGACUUGUACUCAAAGUUCGAGCGCACGUGCGUGUGGACGCUGAUCGAGGCAGUGGCGACGGAGGCGUUCGCGCCGGCGGCGGGGCCCGCGGCACCGGCGGGGCCCGCGCCGGGCGGCGGCGGCGCGCCCGCCGCGCCGGGGCCCGCGGGGCCCGCGCUGCGCACCGACGCCGCGCUGCGCACGCACGCCGCGCUCUACACCGCGCACGACGCGCACGCACUCAUAACAUUCUUGAAGCGCAUAUCUUCGAAAUUGAACAACAACACGCCGAGCCUAACAGCUGAAGAGCAGCCCAACAACUCUGCUCUGGUCGCCGAAGCAGCCGCUCUCAGCUCUGCGUACGAGGGCCAGGGAUCAGUGUCGGAGGCAUGCGUGGCGCGGCUGGCGGCGCUGCUGCAGACCUUAGAACCCAACUACCGCAGCCGCUUGCACGAUCUGCUGCGCAAGAUGCCGAACCUCGCCGACUACAGACAAACAUCCCCAUCAGAGAACAAAGAGAAUGCCAUAGACAACGGUCAAAAUGGUCACAGUACCAAACGGGGCAUCUUGGCCAAAGUGGGUAAACCACGGUUGCCUCGCAGCGCGAGUGCCAGCUCCGCACUGUCGCAAACAAGUGACGACAAGCCUGUCAACGGAAGUGUAGAUAAAGAGGACGGCCUGGACCACAACGAGGUGCUGGUGAUAAAGCUCGCGAAUGUCGAGGAACAUGAUUAUGUUGGACUAGUGCCGGAGUCGAAGGUGCUGGAAUGUUACUACGGCGGCGCGGACGCGGCCGACGGCGCCGACCACCAUGCGCCCGGACAUGCGCCCGUACAGAAGCGCACCAGAUUCUCUGUGUCACACGACGAGGUGUCUCUAGGCAACACGUCGGACAACUUGGAGGCGGUGUCGGAGGCGGCCUCCAACCACAGCGUCACCUCCAGCCUCGAGCUCGAGACCGAGGACCAGAACGACAACCUCUCCGAUAUGGUGUCAGCGAAUGUGAGCGGGCGCGGCAGCCCGAACAUCUCAGGCCGCGAGACGCCGUCCUCGCAGGUCACCGAUGGUGACGGUCCGCCGCGACGACUCCCACAAAAUGUACCCGUUAGUCAAGCGAGCAGUGCCCAAGCUAAACUCAUGAAGCAAACAAGAAACGACAUCGAUGACAAAUUCUGCAAGUUCGAAAUCAAGAAAUUGCUCGAGGGUGACGAGACGAUCAGUAUAAUGUCGGACACGUGGAGCACGGACGUGCUCGCCUCCGACUCGGAGACCAUCGGCGACACCUGCGACCACGGACAAGCCGCCGCCAACCAAGGUGCCAAUGCUAGCGGUACAAACGCCCCCGACGUGUCGGAGACUGCGAGUGAAUCCGCCUGGAGCAUGGACGUGCUCGCCUCUGACAGCGACCGUAACACAGAGGUGGACACGGACGACUGCGUGUCGGUGGCGGCGCGGUCGGACAGCUCGUGGCCGCGCCGCGCCUCGCAGCCGGACGAUGGCCUGCCGCCGCCGCAAAACCACCAUCACCAUCCUAAGCCGCACCAGAAUGGCAGCGUGAAGAGGCCAGAGGUGAGCAGUCCACGACACACCUCCAGACCCAAUCUACCCAAUAGGGCGGGCGGCGGCUACCUGUCGGCGACGGCGGCGCUGUCCCGCGGCGGCGAGCUGGACCUGGCCUCGCAGCCGCCGCUCGCGCUGCACAACCACUACGCCAUCGACAACAGGAAGAGCAUACUCGUCAACGGAUACCCGGUGAUGACUUGCUACGCGUCAGCACCACAGAGUCCCAGCCUGCCGCCGCAUGUGUUCGACUACGUGCCCUCAGACAGCAAUAGUGCUCAGACGGAAUCGACUCUGGACGGUGCCAACAAUAGCCAGUCGGACGCGACCAGCCAGUGGGUGGACGACAGCUUCCCCGAGCCGCACCACUCUCCCCACCGGCCGUACCCCUCCACAUCCAAGUACGACCUGCCCUCCACCUCGAAACCCUACGACGACAACGACAACAACGACCUCAUGGACAGGUCGUUGAACUCCAGCGAGAGUUCCUUCAACGCGCUCUCUGUAUCGCAAUACGAUAGGCGAUACGAUGGUACCGACGAGCAGCCCGAAGCGAGAUCGACGAUAACCGAUCUGAUGACUCGUAUGAGCUCCGCCACCAUCUCCACAUCGGCGAAUCUAGUGAACAACUUGACGGCGCGAAUAGUGAAGUCGUCGGAGAUCCGAACUAGCAUCGUGAGCAUCAGUUCGUCGCGGAUCGAGAAGAGGGACGGCACUAGCAACAUGUCGCUGAGUACGCUGUCGGUGAACAGUGCGGAGACGUCGGUGUCGGACAAGAGCUCGAGCCAGGACGUGAACUCGGAGAACGUGACCGAGAGGCGGGUGAGCCCGCCACCCGUCAAGACAGCCUCCACUGGCGCCAUACCCAAGAGUAUCAGCUUCGAUGCUACAGCUGAAAAGUCACAGAGAAGACGGAUAGUCGGCGAGGAGGGUAUUGUGGGUAACCUGGACGAGUUGAAGAACAAUAUGAAGCGUUCGGGCGGCAACCUGCUGCACAAGAUCAAGAUGUUCAGGCAGCGCGGGCGCAGCCAUCACAACCACAACGACAUGAAGGUGGCGGAGGAGGAGGCGCGCGGCGAGGAGGCGUGCCGCGCGGAGGCGGCGGGCGAGAGCUCGGAGGACAUCCUGGCCAAGUACCGCCGCAAGCCCUCCGACGGCGGCCGCCCGCGCCGCGCCCAGCGCCGCCUCUCCGACCUGCCCGACGCGGACCACGACAGGUGCGAAGGUGUGGUAGACCUAAACGACCCGGAGGUGUUCAACAGCAUGAAGCGCAAGUUACGUGUGGUGUUGUCCAACCCAGACCUCCACUGUGUCGAGUAUGUGCCCAACCGAUGCACGAGCACGUCGCUGGUGGAGUGGGUGCGUGCGGCGGCGGCGAGCGCGGCGGGUGGCGCGGCGGGGGUGGCGGGGGCGGCGGGGGAGGCGGGGGCGGCGCACGCGGCCGCGCUCGCGCGGGCACUCAGUGCGCCCGCAGCGCCCGCCGCCGCCGCACGCCUCGCGGCCGCGCUGCGCGCCGACCUGGCCGCGCGCCGCCCGUACGCCGCCUACCUCGCCUCGUGCCGCGCCGCGCUCACGCACGCCGAGCACACGCUGCGCGCGCAAACGAGCCAAGUCCGCGCGGAGUGGUCGUGGUGCGCGCGGGCGGCGGCGGCGGCUCGCACCGCCGACCAGCUGGAGCGCGGCACGGCGCUGCGCCGCCUCGCGCGCCACCACCACCCGCACAACGACCUCGCGCACUCGUACGGCGGCGAGCUAAUGGACGAGAAAGCAACAAGACUGACGGCCAGCAUAAAGGCCAUUACAGCUGAACUGAAAGCAGACCCGUCUUGGGAGGGCGCAAGUAGUGCGCUGCUGGAGACGCUGGAGCUGACGGUGGAGCGAGCCGCGUUCGCCCGCCUCUACCUACACGUCAUGUUCCCCAACGGCGACGGGGACAUCGCGCGCGACCAGGUGCUGCACGAGCACGUGCGGCGCGUGGCGGGCGCGACGAGCGCGGCGCGCGCGGGCGUGGCGGCGCGCCACCUGUGGGCGGCGCCCUACCCGCGCGCGCAGCGCCAUCUGCGACACCUGCCCGUCUACCGCGCGCCCAGGGACAAGCUGGCGUGCGUGAUGCGGUGUGUGACGUCCAUCAUGGCGGUGCUCGGGCUGACAGAGGGCGCCGCGCCCUCCGCUGACGACCUCACGCCCGUCCUCGUCUACGUCAUACUCAAGGUGAACCCGCCGUCGCUGCUGUCGACGAUCGAGUUGGUGAACGCGCUGGGCGGCGCGGCGCUGCAGGGCGAGGCGCUGUACUGGUGGACGCAGUUCUGCGCCGCCGUCGCCUACAUCAAGACCAUGGACUACCCGCGGCCCGACGCGCCCGACACCUAGCGCACACAUACACGCCUGAUGUCAGCGCGUGUUUACGAAAUAAAAUUGGUAAAGGAUCGGCAUGCCGCAAACCGCGGGCGGUGUUAUACAAUUUAAAACGAACAUAGACAAAAUUAUCCAUAAAAAAACACUAGAGCUUAGUAAUAUAAUCGAAUGUAGAAAACUUUUCUGUCAAUCAUGUAUUAAUUUAUGGUGAUCAAUGUGACAUUUACACGUUGUUUAUGGUGUUACCCCCUUUUAUUUUAACUAUUACACUGUUUUGUCGUUUUCUUUUAAACUGAGAAUUUAACGCCAAGGAAAGAGACGAAACAGUUCAUAAGCGGAAAUUGUGCAGCCGAGUUCUUUCUACCACAAUAAAAUAAACACUUUCUUUAUUUAGCUUGCCUGAAUUUAAUGCUAAUAAGUUGUUUAGGGACCUUUUUAAAAACCUCUUUGAAGAAAUCGUAAUAAAUUUAAAAUAUACGAUAAACACCUCAUAGUAUGUUGACAGUCCACCAUCUUAUAUAACUUACCGGAAUUUAAUGAAGAAUUAGGAAGGAGGUUUAAUAAUAUUUACGAAAAGGUAUUUGAAGAAAUAAUGACGAAUUUAAAACAUACAUUAAUUAUAUAACAUGCCACAUUGAUCACCUAACGUAAUAUUUAAAAUGGAGGGACAAUGAAACGCCCUUCGCUUGUACACUUCCAUUAAAAAUAGAAAAUAUAAUCAUCCUCAAAAAUGUAUUUUGAAUAUAAUUAUGUAAAUAAUAUAGGAGAGUGUAACAUUAUUUAAUACGAUAUCGUGGAAUUACGUAUUAGAUUAAUUUAAUUAUAAGUAAUACUAAUGUUUGAACUAAAGAGAUUUCGAAGUACAGUCUUGGUAGUUUAAUAACACUGAACCCGAGGCCUACGUUACGUAUUCGAGUAGCCUAAAAUUAUAGUUUAAAUUUAACUUUCGAGGGAUAUCUGUUUUGAGGAUUUUGACUCGCUUUUGUUUGGAGUCAGCCUAUGUUUCACGUAUUCGUCAUAUCGGUGUCUCUUUCUAUAAGGAAUAAUAAAGUUUUUUUUUUUUAUUAUAAUCAUACAAAAUAUACUGUUAGGACACUUGAUACGACACGACGAACUUAUGAACAUUAUAAUAGAAGGUAAGAUAGAAGGAAGGAGGGGAAGAGGGAGACCAAGGUAUAGUUACACCAAGCAGAUUAAAGAAAAGGUUAGUAUAGUGUCGUAUCAAGAGGUAAAGAGACUCGCUGAAAAUCGUAGUGAGUGGCAAGAGCUCCACCGACAAGAGCGCAGCUCUUAAAUAAGCUAGAUAGAUAGAGAAAACACACUAAAAAAAAAUACUAUCAUAGCUCUCGACGUCUCUGCACGGAGAUUAAGAUGAGGAUGGAAUUAUCUAUGAGUUUAAUUUUUUAAGGAAUAGACUAUGUUUUUUUAUCUGCCGUAAAUGAAGUUUCUGGUUGAGAGUGCACUUACUCAUUUAAACGCAUUAAAUUUAAAUAUUGAGGUGGUUCUUUGCCCUGUGUACGACUUUAUCAAUACUAGAGUGGGUACAACUACGCAGCGAUAGACAGAUGCUUAUCUCUCGAGAGUAUUAUAUUAACUUAUUUAUAAACAUUAUGAAUAUACUAUAUUCAUCUUGUAGAUUGGGAUAUACAAAGUAGAAUAACGGUGAGUUUUGCAUUAGUAGAAAUCGUCAUGUAGUCUGAAGUGGGUAGGAAAUCCUAAGCAAGCUUUACUAUUUUUUUUUUUAAUUACAUUUAGAUACACAUUAAAAAUAUAUAUAUAUAAAAAAAAAUAACUGUGUGGAAAAUGUGUUUGUGAUGUCAAAAUAGGAAUAUUUAAUAUAUUAAUAUCCUAUUUUCAUUGUGUUGUCUUGUCGUGUAUCAAUAAUAAGCUGUGUAGAUUUAUUAUUAUAAAAAAAAAAAGAAAAUAUGUCUGAAAUAAAUACUUGUCAAGAUUCUUUCAAAAUUGUUGGCUUUUUUUAUACCACAAAGACGGCAAAUGAGUAUACAGCCCGUCUUAUAAAAGCAGUGUUGCCUUUAUCAAGAUAAAAAUAUCCUAUAUGGUAAUUUAGGUCAUAAAUAACUAUUAAAACUUUUUCUAUGGUAUCUAAUACUUAUUUCAUUUAAUCUAUAGUUCUAUAAUGCGUCCAAGCAUAUGUAGUAUUUAUAAUAAUAGAACGUGGAUCGGUUAUACUGUAUCAUCAGACAGAUCGUAAAUGUUUCACUUUAUUUUAUUUUUAUAUAUAUAAGUAGUAAAUCUAAACAGCUUAAUUUUACGUAUUUUAUUUAAGUGAAUGUAAACUCAAUCGCCGUACGAGUUGCCUAAAUGGAAAUCAUCUUGUUCGACUGUGAUGUUAGGUUGCGUAAUACUCGGAUAAAGAGGUGUAUUUUUGAAGAAAUUGUAUGUAAAUUAUUAUAUUUAGGGAGUGGAUUGAUAUUGAAAAAAUAAUGAAAAAUUACUAGCUGUAAGUUUUCUCUGUAAUAUGCGAAGUGUUGACAUGCAAAUAAGGAGUGGGUAUUAUAUAGUAAUUUCUAUAUAUUUUAGUUACAAUACUAUAUACUUAUAUACUGGUUCAAUAACGAAUAUGUUAAAAGUCUGUUAUCGAAAAUAAUAAUAUUCAAUAAGAGACUUUAAAUAUAUUCGAAAAUAAAUAUCCGAUAUUGGUGAUGUGCUUUUUUCACUAUCAGUAUCUAGUAGAAUCCAAUAUAUAAAUAUCGAAUCGGUAUCCAUAUUACCCAUUCCUAAUUCAAAUAUAUAAAUUGAGAAAAGUAAAUCGACUGGUUCGAUUCAGAGGUGCCAGUUUCUAAAAAAAAAAAAAAUAAAAAAAAAUAUUUAUUUCUAAAAUAGAAUUUAAAUUUGAUAUCACAGUAAAAUCUUUACAAGCUACAAUUAGGUUUAAGUCAAAACCAUUAUAAAUUUAAAUUAUCAUGAUUCAUAAAAAGUAUUUUUGACGUAACUAAUUAAAAUAUUGGAAUUAAGAGAGGUCUAGAGAAAUGGUGCCUCAGAAUCGACCUGUGUCACUAAGGAAGUUAAAGAGGUUAUAAAGAAGGAAAUACAAUACACUAUAUGCAAGGCGUUCUGAAUUAAUAUCAGAUACUUUUUAAUUAUAAUUCCGUUUUUACCCUUUGCCGAAUUUUCCAACAAUAAUUCAACACUCUGAAUUUAUCGUUCGGUUAACACAAAUGAGAAUGUAUAUGUAUAUUUAAUAAAUUUUAUUUUCUAACUACCUACUUGUUACCUACAUGAAAUAAUGGUCAAUGAGAUGAAACUCGUAUAAAAUGAGAUUAUAUUUUUAUUUAGAAUCUCAAUCUGUGGGCAGCAACUUGAAAAUAUGAACACCUUAUUUUUUUUUUUUUUUUUUUUUUUUGUAUAAAAUUGGUUUGGAAACAGUAUUUAUCGAGAUAAUACCGAUACUAAUUUACUUAUUUUAGAUAUUUUUUUUUAUGUCUGAAAAUAUUUUAAAAUAAUGUAAAGAUUACGAAGUGGCGAUAAAGACAUUAAUCGAAAUAUGUAUAUGUGUGCAGCUAUAACCAUAACUACAGUUCUCUCUUUAGCUUUAUAUUUUUUUUGUCUAUGCAGUCAUGACAUUCCUUUAAAAUGUUUUAGACUGAUUUUCGUAAAGAUCGAAAAUAAUUCUCGAAUAAUUAAUAAAGGGUUUUCUUUCCUCGUAGGAAACUGCCUUCCUUACCUUCGUACAAUGUAACAACAGCUGUAGUGAUGAUCCAUUUGAGAAUACAAUCACACAAUUUGAGUACAUCAAUAAGGAAGUUAGCAAAAAAUUUUAAAAUAGAACGUCGAAACAACAUACUCGCGUUUAAUUACUAGCGUAGAGAAGGGUACGGGUAAAUUGUAAACCUAUCUCAUUCUGUGACCAUGCCGUUUGGCACUUAUCUAAGAGAUUAGUAAGUUUAAUACUAAACCCCUCGUCCCUCCCUCCUCUUUUAUACUGAGCAGAGGGCCUACCAUGAAAUGAAAUUCCGAAGUUUCGGACUCAAUUUCGUGUUUUCUUUCAUACCUAAUACGGCCCAGUAAAUGGAGCUUAACAUUUCGUUCGUCACAAAUCCUACCAUAAAAGUCCAAAGGAAUACUAUUUUAAUAUUUUUAAUGUUUUUAAACGGUAAGUAUUAUGUAAUUUUAACAGCAAAUUUGUGUUUCGUUCGGCUCCGAAAUUUCGGAAAACAUUUCAUGGUAGGCCCUCAUUAUAUUAUAAUAGUAUAUUCGAACAAAGUAAAUUUCCAUGUUGAUGUAACUAUUUGUGUAAGUGGAGUCAAAGUUAUGUUACUAUAAUCCAUUGAGCGUAAUUUAAGUUAAAGUUUUAAUCGUUUUAGCACAUAGGCCUUUCUAGGGGCCUGCUCUCUCUGGAAAAUAAUUCUAAAUACACCAAUGUUAGCACUAGUUUAUUUUGCACUCUAACAAGACUUCUAGAAAAAAUUAUGUUUACUUUGUCUAUUUUAUUAUUAUCUACAUUGGGCGUGCGAUGCAUUCAUACUUGUAGCGAACAUGGAAGGAAAAGCAAAAAUAUUUCAUGUUACAUUGCACCAAUCUGUACCCGGUAUAAAUACUUUACAAUGUACCUACCAAUAUCUUUAAAUUGCUUAAUACAACUAAUAUUAAAAGGUGUAAAAUUAAGAACUUCUUUUCUUGAAAUGUGAAAACAAUUUUUUAAAUAUAGAAUGAGCUGUCAAGUUUCUAAUAAAAUAGACAAGGUGUAACUUUUUUUAACACCGUUUACUGUAAACUAAUAUAUAUAAUAGUUGUACAGCUGUUAUUAGAUUUCCUUAGUCUAAGAGCUGGUAACUGUCGAAGAUAAGUGUUCAGUGCCAUUUAUGACUACCCAUAGUUCUAUAAAGCCUAGUCAAUUGUCUUCAGAAAUUACAGAUUCUACAUUAAAAUAAUUAUAACAAUUGAGCUUUCUAUAUCAUCAUCAUUGUACCACAAUCAAGGACUAAAAUGUUUCAUUUCUAAUUCUCUCUAUGUCUACAUAGUGCUAGCUCUUAGAUUGUUUAUUUUUUAAGUAAUUAUUAUUCACCAGUUAAUCAUCCACUUAUUACUUACGAUCCAAUUUGAGAAAACAAAAUUUAAGCUACUAUUAUAUAUUAUAUCCCUACAUAAAAUAAUGGCAAAUUCAACAGCAUCCAGAUAUCAAGAUGUUUCAUUAAUAAAGCCUUCAUUUGUUUAGUAAUAAUUAGGUAAGUUGAUGCACUUUAUUAUAAGCUUAAAUAUAUAUGCAAAUGCAUACAUAUAUAUAAAAGUAACUAGCCGGUGUCUGUACAUAGUAAAUAUUUAAGAAACACAAAUGCGGCGGUACACAUAAAAAAAAAAAAAAACCAAACCAAUUACAACUCUAAAAAUAUUUGGGUGCUGUUGAAUUAGAUAUUAAUUCAUUGAUAAAUAUGUUUCCUUGGCGUUGUUUUCGGAUACAAUUAAUAACUUUCUAUAAUAGAAAGGCAUAAUAUCUAGUAAGGUCAACAAAAUAAAAGCUAACGUCUAAUAUUUGCAAUAUAAAUUCCAAAUCAACUGUAAAAUGUUUCAAACUUUUAACUUGACAACUCUCGCAUAAUUUCGUUUUUAAAUCGUGUAUAUUUGUCUUUUCUAUUUUUUAAUUAGAAUAAUAUCGUUGCAUAUAGUUCAAUAAUCUGCUGUUAGUUGCUAACUUUAUUAGUGUAAAGCCAGAUGCGUACCUAUUGUAAUCAGAGCAAUGAAAUUAUAUUUAGCAAUAAAAAAAUAUGUUUA